GCAAGGUUUUACUCGCGUAAACGCACGUGCGGGAAUAAAGUGCGGCACUUGGAGGUCUCUGGCCAUCCUCACGAACCUCAAUUACUCAAAAAUUCCAACUGAAAUAUCAAAUUCCCCCCAAUUUGAUUAUCACUCAAAAUUAUCACCCUGAAAUCACAAAAUCAGUGAUUACACCUCUGGUCAAGUUUUAUCAAUAAAUAUCAGUGAUUAAUCCCUGAAUUAAAACAUUUAAAUUCACACUAUUGGGGACAUGGCUCUUGGGUCACAAGUCGAGGCGAAUGGUGAGGAUGGGGCUGUGAAAAUUCCGAUGGUCAAUGGAAAAAAAAAUACACCAGAUGAUGGACAUAAGGACGACGGUUCAGGCGCCGCCUCGACAGAAGUCCUGGAGAAAGGUGAGGUAGAGGCGACUAAAGAGUGCGAGAAGGACAAAAAUGAAAAAGAGAAGGACAACGAUGAGAAAGAAAAAGAAGGAAACGAUCAGGAGGUUGUAUUCAUCCAGGACAUGGGUUUCACAGUGAAAAUAGUCAGUCCAGGGGCUGAGCCCUUCGACAUUCAGGUUUCCUCGAUGGAGCUGGUCCAGGAGAUUCACCAGCUGCUGAUGGACAGAGAGGACACGUGUCACAGGACGUGUUUUUCACUCCAGCUGGAUGGAAAUACCCUUGAUAAUUUUGCUGAAUUGAAGAACAUAGAGGGACUGAAGGAGGGAUCAAUCAUUAAAGUUGUCGAGGAGCCAUACACCAUGAGGGAGGCGAGAAUUCACGUGAGACACGUCAGGGAUCUUCUCAAGAGUGUUGAUCCUGCUGAUGCUUACAAUGGGGUUGAGUGUAGCAGUUUGAGUUUUCUCAACGUCGUUACCAAUGGAGACAUUCUCGAGAAGAAGAAGACGAGGGCUGAUGCUGUCGAUUGUACACCACCUGAUUAUAUUAUUCCUGGAGCAAAGGAGAGACCUCUAUUGCCACUCCAGCCACAGGCUAAGGAGCAAAAAUGCCCUCCUUGUCUCAAGGUGCUAACAACAUCUGGUUGGAAUCCGCCCCCAGGCCAUCGCAAACUCCACGGUGACCUCAUGUACCUUCAAGUUAUAACACUGGAGGACAAGCAGUACUAUCUGACAGCAUGUGCCCGUGGCUUUUUCGUCAAUCAAUCGACCAAAGAGACCUUCAAUCCAAAACCAUCGACUCCCUCUCACCUAUGUCACAGUCUCAUCGAGCUCCUAAAUCAGCUAUCACCAGCCUUCAAACGUGGAUUCACAGCAAUGCAGCGUCGAAGAACCCAACGUCAUCCCUUCGAGAGAGUUGCAACACCCUAUCAACUUUACGCGUGGUCUGCACCACAGACUGAGCACACAAUUGAUGCAAUCAGAGCUGAGGACACGUUCUCAGCAAAAUUGGGAUAUGAGGAGCACAUCCCGGGCCAGACGAGGGACUGGAAUGAGGAGCUGCAGACCACCAGGGAAUUACCGAGAAAAAAUCUCCCCGAGAGGCUUCUCAGGGAGAGAGCCAUUUUCAAAGUUCACUCGGAUUUUGUUGCUGCUGCUACCAGAGGGGCUGUUGCUGUUAUCGAUGGCAACGUAAUGGCUAUAAAUCCAGGGGAGGAGGCCAAGAUGCAGAUGUUCAUUUGGAAUAAUAUUUUCUUUUCACUGGGCUUCGAUGUUCGUGACCAUUACAAAGAGCUCGGUGGUGAUGCUGCAGCCUUUGUUGCACCUCGUAACGAUCUCCAAGGGGUUCGAGUGUACGCUGCUGUGGAUUUGCCAGGUCUCUACACCCUGGGAACAGUUGUAAUAGACUACAGAGGCUACAGAGUCACUGCACAAUCGAUAAUACCAGGUAUUCUAGAGCGAGAGCAAGAGCAAUCAGUGGUCUACGGUUCCAUAGACUUUGGCAAAACAGUCCUGACACACCCCAAAUACCUUGAGCUACUCAACAAAGCUGGCCAACAGCUGAAGAUUCUCCCCCAUAAAGUAAUUAAUGACGCCAAUGAGGAGAUUGAGUUGUGCUCAAGUGUUGAAUGCAAGGGAAUAAUUGGUAACGACAGCAGACACUACGUUCUUGAUCUUCUGAGGACUUUUCCACCGGACGUGAAUUUUUUGAAGCUCGAGGGUGUGGAAUUGAGUAAAGAGGCACGAGCACUGGGCUUCCCUGUCGAGCACAAGCACCGAUUAGCCUGUCUCCGACAAGAACUCAUCGAUUCAUUCGUCGAAGCUCGUUACGUUCAGUUCAUAAAACACGCAGCAGUGCAUCUGCAGCAGCUAACGACUUCAAAGCUAUCGCAGAAGCCCAAAGAAUCACCAGAGCCUAAACCCUCUCAAGAUGCCAAAGUAAAUCAAGAAUCUAAACCCCUUCCCAUCGACUCCAACAAGGAGACAACUGCCUCCUCCAUUGAGGCAGAUGAAGCCAAAAAAAUAGUUGAGAGUAUAACAGACUCGAUAACUGGUGGUGAGAAGCAAGAGCUCGAGGAGUCGACAAAGGAGAUAGUAAAACGUGCAGCAGCUGCUGUUGGAUCUCUCCGUGAGGCUGAGUUCGAUGUUAAAUUCAAUCCAGAUGUUUUUUCACCAGGUGUCAAGCAUCCAGAUCCCUCCGGUGAUGCCUUGAAAAAGCAGAGACAACUGGUGAUAGAUGCAGCUGAUUUUCUCCUAACAGUUCAGCUACCAACAUUUAUACGAGAGUGUCUUGAUCACACAGCAGCUGCAAUGGAUGGCACAACCCUCGUGGAAGCACUUCAUGGUCGUGGAAUAAAUGUCAGAUAUCUCGGUAAAUUAGCAGCAAUGCUAGCAGCAGUGCCUCAACUCAGAUAUCUCCACAAAAUUGUUGUCUCUGAAUUAAUUCUUCGCUCAUCAAAACACAUAUUCACAUCUUACAUGCAAGGUACAGAGCUCAUGUCCCUAUCAGCCUCAAUCUCUCACUUCUUGAACUGUUUACUCUCGUCAUCGCCAUCGGUACACCCACAGCUUAAUCUUGAAGAGCUCCAGAGCAAAACAGCCAAGCGCCGAAACAAACGCAAAGGUAGAACCAAUGGUCCACAACAGUCUGAGGUUGAGUGGGCAUCAUUGACACCAAAAUCCCUGUGGCAACAGAUUAAAACUGAUCUCAAAUCCUACUACGACUGGGAGACACCAUUCCCAGAGUCCUUUGACGCCACAAUCGAUCAUUUUGAGCUCCAGAAGAUAUCCCUGAUGAGGAAUUUCUGUGUUAAAACUGGUAUUCAAAUUCUUCUGAGAGAGUACAAUUUUGAUAAUAAGAACAGAGCGACCUUCUUCGAGGAGGAUAUUCUCAACAUCUUUCCUGUCGUUAAGCAUUUCAAUCCAAGGGCAUCCGAUGCUUAUAAUUUUUACACAACGGGCCAGAGCAAAAUUCAACAGGGCUAUCUCAAGGACGGUUAUGAGCUCAUAAGUGAGGCACUCAAUCUAUUGAACAAUGUGUACGGUGCAAUGCACCCGGAGAUUGCCCAGUGUCUCAGAAUGCUUGCGAGACUUAAUUACAUAAUGGGAGAUCACGGAGAGGCCCUUGCCACUCAGCAAAAAGCCGUUCUCAUGAGUGAACGGGUAAAUGGUAUCGAUAAUCCGUACACAAUUACUGAGUACAUUCAUCUCGCAUUGUAUUCAUUCGCCAACGGCCAGGUAUCAGUCUCUCUGAGACUUUUAUAUCGAGCGAGAUAUCUCGCCCUUUUGAUAUGCGGUGAGGAUCAUCCAGAGGUUGCUUUAAUAGACAGCAAUAUAUCACUGAUACUUCAUGCUGUUGGAGAGUAUGAGCUGUCCCUCAGGUUUCUGGAGCACGCACUCUCUCUCAAUCUCAGAUAUCAUGGAUCUAGAUCACUCAAGGUUGCUGUCUCUUAUCAUCUUGUGGCGAGAACUCAGAGCUGCAUGGGCGACUUCAGGGCUGCUCUCAAUAAUGAGAAAGAAACUUAUGCCAUUUAUAAACAGCAGCUUGGCGAGGAGCAUGAGAAGACUAGAGAGAGUUCUGAUUGUCUCAGACAUCUGACUCAACAGGCCGUUGUACUGCAAAAGAAGAUGAAUGAAAUUUACACUGGAAAGAGUGGAGUAUCAUUACCACCCAUUCAGAUACAGCCACCGUCUAUGGGGAGUGUUCUUGAUAUGCUCAAUGUUAUCAAUGGUAUUCUCUUUGUUCAGAUCAGUCAGCAGGAUAUUGAGAAUCUCAAGGCGGAAAUCGAGAAGAGGCAGAAGGAGCAGGGGGAGGGUAAGGGGGAGGAGGAGGCCAAGGAAAGGGAAAAAAUUGAAGAGAUCGAGAGCUGAGUUUGAUAUUUGGAGGAGGAAGAUACAUCUUUUCUGACGCUCCAGAAAAAUUCAGUCUGACGAUUUUUGUUUUGUUUUUUUUUUUUUUUUUUUUUUGUUUUUUUUCCCUUUUCUUUGAAUGGGACAGAAAAUUUGGGGGUGGGGAAAUGAUGUAAAUAAUUUCGAAUCAUGAUCGUCGGUCUUACGUCUGCGGAUUUGCAACUCGAUUUUUUUUUCUUCUGCUGUUGCCUUUAGUAUUAGCAACGAAGUGAUCGUUGGAUGGGGGAAAUUUUUUUGGACUCGUGUGAGUGGAGAUAUUGGUUGUAAAUGGAUGAUGAAAAAUUGGAGCUUUUUUGGGUGGGGAAUAGCAGAUUUUUUUUUCGUGAUGAUUGGAGGGAAAUUGUUGAGGGAUUAUUCAUUGAGAACAAUCGGUAAUUAGCGACGGGGGCUUCCCAGUGAUUCGUACGCCCUGUUUUUACUGCUCAUUUUUCUUUCUUCGUUUUAAUUAUUGUAGAAUUGCAAGUAGAGUAGACGCGAAUUGAAGAGUGAAUUUUUAAAUUGCAAGGGAAAACAGCGGAAAUUUUUAAGAAAAAAUUACUGCUGUUAACCCAUAAACGAGUAAUAAUUUACGGAUAGUCGAGGAAAUAAAACUCUAUGGAACUUAUUCCUCUGGAAAGUAACAUUCAACUCUCCAUAACCUUGAAAAAAUUAUAAGUGCAUUGGGGGAUGAAUAAAUUACUGAAUUACGGUAAAACCAUUGAUCCAUGAAUUUUCAACGAGAAUGUAAUUAAUUCAGGGGUAAACACUUGGUAGAUGUUCAAAAACAGGAGAUGGUGGAUGUGGGCAUCGCCAUUUUGUCGGCCGGCGUGUCCAUCUCACCUCGCAUUUUUCACCAAUGAUUAGAAUCAUAUAUUCUCAUUAAAUCACCUCGAAAUUGUUUCCUCCUGUUCCUCUAAAGUGAACCAAUCGUUCAAACCAUCUUUUCCAUCUAGUUCUGGCCGCUAAUUCGUGGAACAAUGUUUUUAUUGUUUUCACCAGUUUUUUUUUAUUCCAAGGUCCCGCGAAGAAUGAAAAAACGCUCGAAGUGAUCCUCGUUGAAAAAUAGUGCCGAAGAGUAGACGGUAGUUUCUAGUGAUAUGAAUAAUAGUCGAUAAGGAGUUAUCGUUACCAAUAAACUGGAAAAAAAGUAAAAAAUCAUUUUUAGCACAAAAUAAAAACAAAAAGUGAAAAAAAUCAUCGAUUUUUGGA